AUGGCUGUGAAAACAGACAUGAGUAAAGCUUACGAUGGGAUUGAAUGGGGUUUUGUGAAGGAGGUUUUGAAGCUUCUUGGGUUUGAUCCCGUCUGGAUAAACUGGAUAAUGGCUUGCAUUGAAUCAGUUUCUUACUCCUUUCUUAUAAACGAAUCUCCUCAAGGGUUGGUGAAGCCGUCGCGAGGCCUCCGGCAGGGUGAUCCGUUAUCUCCCCAUAUCUUCAUCCUAUACGAUACCAUGUUCUUCUGUAAAUCAAAGCCGACCUGUGUCUCUGCGCUCAUGAAGAUCCUCUCUCUCUACGAAUCAGUUUCCGGCCAACGGAUCAACCCUCAGAAAUCUGCAGUUACUUUCUCGGCGAAGACACCUGAAGCUGUCCGUAAUCGAGUCAAGGAGACUAUGGAGAUAUACACAGAGGGCGGGGUAGGCAAAUAUCUAGGCCUUCCUGAACAGUUUGGACGUCGGAAGCGCAACAUUUUUGCCUCAAUCUUGGACAGGAUCCGCCAAAAAUCACACAGCUGGACCGCAAAGCUUUUGUCUGGUGCCGGCAAGCAAUCCUUGCUCACGCGAUUCUGGUGGGAUGCAAAUCCAGAGAAGCGAAAGAUGUGCUGGGUAGCGUGGGAGACGAUGGCACUACCGAAAUAUGCGGGUGGACUCAGGUUCCGGGACAUCGAAACGUUCAAUGAUGCGCUGUUAGCUAAAAUUGGCUGGCGCCUAAUAAAAGAGCCCAACUCCCUGCUAGCGCGUGUACUGUUAGGAAAAUAUGCUCGAAAUGUUUCUUUCAUGGACUGUCCUGUUCUGUCUACUGCUUCUCAUGGGUGGAGAAGUGUACUAGCGGGCAGAGACAUUCUGAGACGGGGGCUUGGCUGGGCUGUGGGAAACGGUGAACAAAUUAAUGUGUGGAAUGCACCUUGGCUAUCUUUCAAAUCCCCUCGCCAACCAAUAGGUCCGCCCCCUUUAGAAAGUCGAUCGUUGAUGGUUAGCGACCUACUAUGUCCCCUCACAAAUAAGUGGGAGAUUGUGAAGAUCAGACGUUUCUUACCUCAGUAUGAGGAUACUAUUUUGCAGAUAAAAACUAGCUCAACAGCAGCCCCCGACACACUCCUCUGGCUUCCGGAGAAAUCAGGAGUGUAUUCCACCAAGACAGGGUAUAGGGUGGGAAUGACUAGUGACAAACCGCUGAGCCUGGAGAAUUCACCGGUUAACUGGUUGUCGCACAUCUGGAAUGUCAAAACUGGUCCCAAACUGAAAGAUUUCCUAUGGAGAGUGGUUAGAAAAGCCAUUCCGGUUAGCUCUAACCUUGAGAAGAGAGGGUUUCCAAGCUUCAAUUGUAAAACGUGUGGAGCAAGCGAAGAUGAUCUACAUGUUUUCCUCAAGUGCCCACUCGCCGAAGAAGUAUGGAAUCUCGUUCCGACACAACACAGACCGACUAGUGCGCUUCCCAAUGUCGCUGAGCUGAUUAAACAUGGUAGUACCUUCACUCCACUCCCCCCAACAGGACUAACCUCUCCACUGUGGCCGUGGGUUUUGUGGAACUUAUGGAAGGCUAGAAAUAAGCUUGUGUUCGAGAAUAGAACCUUUACAGCUCAAGAAGUAGUGCUCAAAAGCAUUCAAGACGCUAAAGAGUGGAGUCAAGCACAAGAUCUAAACAGAGUUUCUUCGCAAUCAAGCCCCCUGUCGAUCCGAACGAAUCACACCUCUCCUUGCCCUCCACCGCCGAUCCAAACGGGAGUCCUCGUCUGCAAGGUUGAUGCAGCUUGGGACAACAUUUCAGGGCAAUGCGUUCUAUCUGAUUCCUUAUCUCUGAUCAAGUUAUUGAAGAAUGGAGGGUACCAAGCUGAACUGUUCGGUAUCAUCUUUAUCUCUCGUAACUUUAAUUGUGAGGCUGAUUCUGUGGCAAAAUCAGCUCUUGCCUUUGCUGUAACAAACCCCCUCCAUGGUGGGUAG